CCCCUCCGCCCCCUUCCCCGUAGGCAGUCCGCCCGCCCGCAUAGACUCCCUCCCGGCCCCUGGCGUUCGGGCCGGGUCUCUCGCCAGCCCCCAGGACCCCCGGCGGCUCUCCUCCGGCGGUCGCCCGCGCUCGGUGGAUGUGGCUGGCAGCCGCCGCCCCCUCCCUCGCUCGCCGCCUGCUCUUCCUCGGCCCUCCGCCUCCUCCCCUCCUCCUUCUCCUUCUCAGCCGCUCCUCUCGCCGCCGCCGCCGCCGCCUCCACAGCCUGGGCCUCGCCGCGAUGCCGGAGAAGAGGCCCUUCGAGAGGCUGCCCGCCGAUGUCUCCCCCAUCAACUACAGCCUCUGCCUCAAGCCCGACCUGCUGGACUUCACCUUCGAGGGCAAGCUGGAGGCCGCCGCCCAGGUGAGGCAGGCAACCAAUCAGAUUGUGAUGAAUUGUGCUGAUAUUGACAUUAUUACAGCUUCAUAUGUACCAGAGGGAGAUGAAGAAAUACAUGCUACAGGAUUUAACUAUCAGAAUGAAGAUGAAAAAGUCACCUUGUCUUUUCCUAGUACUCUCCAACCAGGUACAGGAACCUUAAAGAUAGAUUUUGUUGGAGAACUGAAUGACAAAAUGAAAGGUUUCUAUAGAAGUAAAUAUACUACCCCUUCUGGAGAGGUACGCUAUGCUGCUGUCACACAGUUUGAGGCUACUGAUGCUCGGAGAGCUUUUCCUUGCUGGGAUGAGCCUGCCAUCAAAGCCACUUUUGAUAUCUCAUUGGUUGUUCCUAAAGACAGAGUAGCUUUAUCAAACAUGAAUGUAAUUGAUCGGAAACCAUACCCUGAUGAUGAAAAUGUAGUGGAAGUGAAGUUUGCCCGCACACCUGUCAUGUCAACGUAUCUGGUGGCAUUUGUUGUGGGUGAAUAUGACUUUGUAGAAACAAGGUCAAAAGAUGGUGUGUGUGUCCGUGUUUACACCCCUGUUGGCAAAGCAGAGCAAGGAAAAUUUGCGUUAGAGGUUGCUGCUAAAACCCUGCCUUUUUAUAAGGACUACUUCAAUGUUCCUUAUCCUCUACCUAAAAUUGAUCUCAUUGCUAUUGCAGACUUUGCAGCUGGUGCCAUGGAGAACUGGGGCCUUGUUACUUAUAGGGAGACUGCAUUGCUAAUUGAUUCAAAAAACUCCUGUUCUUCAUCACGCCAGUGGGUUGCUCUGGUUGUGGGACAUGAACUCGCCCAUCAAUGGUUUGGAAAUCUUGUUACUAUGGAAUGGUGGACACAUCUUUGGUUAAAUGAAGGCUUUGCAUCCUGGAUUGAAUAUCUGUGUGUAGACCACUGCUUCCCAGAGUAUGAUAUCUGGACCCAGUUUGUUUCUGCUGAUUAUACCCGUGCCCAGGAGCUUGAUGCCUUAGAUAACAGCCAUCCUAUUGAAGUCAGUGUGGGCCAUCCUUCUGAAGUUGAUGAGAUAUUUGAUGCUAUAUCAUAUAGCAAAGGUGCAUCUGUCAUCCGAAUGCUGCACGACUACAUUGGGGAUACGGACUUUAAGAAAGGAAUGAACAUGUAUUUAACCAAGUUCCAGCAAAAGAAUGCUGCCACAGAGGACCUUUGGGAAUGUUUAGAAGGUGCUAGUGGUAAACCUAUAGCAGCGGUGAUGAAUACCUGGACCAAACAAAUGGGAUUCCCCCUCAUUUAUGUGGAAGCAGAACAGGUAGAAAAUGACCGAUUACUAAAGUUGUCCCAAAGGAAAUUCUGUGCCAGUGGACCAUAUGUUGGAGAAGACUGUCCCCAGUGGAUGGUUCCUAUCACAAUCUCUACUAGCGAAGAUCCCAACCAUGCCAAACUGAAAAUUCUAAUGGACAAGCCAGAGAUGAAUGUGGUUUUGAAGAAUGUUAAACCAGACGAGUGGGUAAAGUUAAACCUGGGAACAGUUGGGUUUUAUCGGACCCAGUACAGCUCGGACAUGCUGGAAAGUUUAUUACCAGGCAUUCGUGACCUUUCUCUGCCCCCUGUGGAUCGACUUGGAUUACAGAAUGACCUCUUCUCCUUGGCUCGAGCUGGAAUCAUUAGCACUGUAGAGGUUCUAAAAGUCAUGGAGGCUUUUGUGAAUGAGCCCAAUUAUACUGUAUGGAGCGACCUGAGCUGUAACCUGGGGAUUCUCUCAACUCUCUUGUCCCACACAGACUUCUAUGAGGAAAUCCAGGAGUUUGUGAAAGAUGUCUUUUCACCUAUAGGGGAGAGACUGGGCUGGGACCCCAAACCUGGAGAAGGUCAUCUAGAUGCACUCCUGAGGGGCUUGGUCCUGGGCAAACUCGGAAAAGCAGGACAUAAAGCAACAUUAGAAGAAGCUCGUCGUCGGUUUAAGGACCAUGUGGAAGGGAAACAGAUUCUCUCCGCCGAUCUGAGGAGUCCUGUCUAUCUGACUGUUUUGAAGCAUGGUGAUGGCACUACCUUAGACAUUAUGAUAAAGCUUCACAAGCAAGCAGAUAUGCAGGAAGAGAAAAACCGAAUUGAAAGAGUCCUUGGGGCUACUCUUUCACCUGAAUUGAUUCAAAAAGUCCUCACGUUUGCACUUUCGGAAGAGGUACGUCCACAGGAUACUGUAUCAGUAAUUGGUGGAGUGGCUGGAGGCAGCAAACAUGGAAGGAAGGCUGCUUGGAAAUUUAUAAAGGACAACUGGGAAGAACUUUAUAAUCGAUACCAGGGAGGAUUCCUAAUAUCCAGACUAAUAAAGCUAUCAGUUGAGGGAUUUGCAGUUGAUAAAAUGGCUGGAGAGGUUAAGGCUUUCUUCGAGAGUCACCCAGCUCCUUCAGCUGAGCGUACCAUCCAGCAGUGUUGUGAAAAUAUCCUGCUGAAUGCUGCGUGGCUAAAGCGAGAUGCUGAGAGCAUCCACCAGUACCUCCUUCAGCGAAAGGCCUCACCACCCACAGUGUGAACCCUGAGCACGCUGCCACUACGGUUCUGCUGCUUCGCUGCCGGGAUAAGGUGGAGCUACCGAACAGCUGAUUCACAUACCAAGAAUUUGGAGUCUUCUUUCAAACCAGUGGGGGUUGGACAAUGAAUGUAGUUAACUGGUUCCUGCUCACACUCCAGAAUUAAGUUCUAUUGAAAAAGGAAAAUCAGCAAUUCAGCAAAAAAAAAAAAAAAAAAAAAAAAGAAUAAAAAAUAGAA